AUGUCUAAACUCAAAUUUGCAAGUCUUCCCCUUCUCCUUAUCGUCUGCCUGGAGCUCGUCGCAAGCACCACCUACUGGGCAGAUAUAUGCGCACACCAAGAGGAUGGCGUGCGACUACCCUCACCGAUGGAUUGUGCCAUGUAUGUGAUUUGCGAGGACUAUGAGGUGGUCGCAUUGAAUCGCUGUCCCCGUGGUCUUCACUUUAAUCCCAAGGUGGGCGAAUGCGACUUCCAAUGGCGCGCCGAUUGCUCGGGUCUGGCACUGUUUGCAUCGAGCACUGACGGUGCCUGCUCCUGCGACUGUUGUGUCGAUGAGUGUAGUGACGAAGAAACUGAUACUACGAUUGAAUGUGAUACCAAUAGUACGCCUUCGCCUUCGAGCACCGAAGUUGAUUUCACGGAUGCAGAGGAUUCAACAAUUUCUACGACUGUAAAUCCUGUCACCACAACUGCCAGCACCACAACGGCGAGCACCACAACUGCGAGCACCACUCAGAAACCCAGUGGCUCCACAACUACUGCAGGCACCAGCGGCUCUUCGACGACGACUACUACACUCAAUCCUGGUGCUUCCAGUUCAAUUCCAACUCCCAAUCCAACUUCCGCUCUACCCGCCUACUGCGACAAUUCGAACACGGACUGUGUAGACCAGGCGAAUGGCGCGAUCCUUCCGGUUCCCAAUAAUUGUGGCAAAUAUAUAACAUGCAACGGCGGCUGUGCCAUAAUUCAGCAAUGUCCCAGUGGGUUGUAUUAUGACUUUAUCAAAAGUUUGUGCAACUAUCCGUGGGAUGUUGACUGCUCACAGACAUUGGAUGAUGAUGAGGACCUGCCAGUGGGUCCAUCGGGAACCACUUGCACCGAUCAGGGCGUAUGCGCCGGUCAACGCGAUGGCACAUUGUUUGCCAAUCCCGAUACAAAUGGAUUCUUUGUUUGCCAGUGCCAAUGUCCCAUUGCAAUGGGAUGCGACGCUGGCACAAAAUUCAAUGAGACGGCCAAAGUCUGCGACUGGGAUAGAUCCUCAAAUACGGAAACUGGAGGUAGUAGUGCCGUCCUAUGUCCCGACGGAUUGGUCUAUAAUGCUACGUCUGAUGAGUGUGAUUAUCCCGAGGGCUAUGUACCGAACGUCAUUUGCAACAACACCUUAACAAUUUGCGAGGGUCAGCCCGAGGGCACUCUUUAUCCCAUGGACGGCGUCUGCAAUAAGUUCUACAAGUGCAAUUAUAAUUGCGCAGUGGAACAAAUUUGCCCAAAUAAUUUGGUUUACGAUCCCAGAUAUCUGUUGUGCAACUACCCUCAAAACUAUGAGUGCGAAUGGGAGCGCAUACCACCGACGGGUCCCGAUGCAGGUCCGUCGGGCAUCGCGUGCGAAACCAAUGGACGUUGUCUCAACCAAAGAGAAGGCGCCUUAUUUCCAUCUCUGACCAGCUGCAGCAAAUACGUGGUUUGCCAGUGCGAGUGCGAGGUCGAAAUGGAGUGUAGUGGAGGCCUGUACUGGGACCAGGAACUCUCGACUUGCAACUAUGCGAAAAAUGUGACGUUAUGCAUUCUAUACUUUGCGAUCGCUCUAUGCGCUUACUCAGUGAAUGCUGAUGAUUGCGAUACAACUGCGACGCCUACAACCGCAAUCCCGUGCACCACCAGCACUGUGACUGUACCACCCACUGCACCACCCACUGCAUCACCCACUGCAGCUCCCACAACGCCGUGCACCUCCAGUCCUGUGACUGUACCAACCACUGCAGCACCCACUGCAGCACCCACUGCAGCUCCCACAACGCCGUGCACCUCCAGUCCUGUGACUGUACCAACCACUGCAGCACCCACUGCAUCACCCACUGCAGCUCCCACAACGCCGUGCACCUCCAGUCCUGUGACUGUACCAACCACUGCAGCACCCACUGCAGCACCCACUGCAGCUCCCACAACGCCGUGCACCUCCAGUCCUGUGACUGUACCAACCACUGCAGCACCCACUGCAUCACCCACUGCAGCUCCCACAACGCCGUGCACCACCAGCACUGUGACUGUACCAACCACUGCAGCACCCACUGCAGCACCCACUGCAGCUCCCACAACGCCGUGCACCACCAGCACUGUGACUGUACCAACCACUGCACCACCCACUGCAGCACCCACUGCAGCUCCCACAACGCCGUGCACCACCAGCACUGUGACUGUACCAACCACUGCAGCACCCACUGCAGCACCCACUGCAGCUCCCACAACGCCGUGCACCACCAGCACUGUGACUGUACCAACCACUGCACCACCCACUGCAGCACCCACUGCAGCUCCCACAACGCCGUGCACCACCAGCACUGUGACUGUACCAACCACUGCAGCACCCACUGCAGCACCCACUGCAGCUCCCACAACGCCGUGCACCACCAGCACUGUGACUGUACCAACCACUGCAGCACCCACUGCAGCACCCACUGCAGCUCCCACAACGCCGUGCACCACCAGCACUGUGACUGUACCAACCACUGCACCACCCACUGCAGCACCCACUGCAGCUCCCACAACGCCGUGCACCACCAGCACUGUGACUGUACCAACCACUGCAGCACCCACUGCAGCACCCACUGCAGCUCCCACAACGCCGUGCACCACCAGCACUGUGACUGUACCAACCACUGCAGCACCCACUGCAGCACCCACUGCAGCUCCCACAACGCCGUGCACCUCCAGUCCUGUCACUGUACCACCGCCAUGCUCAGGAUCAUGUACAGAAGGAGAAACCAUUGAUGAUUCUUCAAGUUGUGAAUUAUAUCUGCAGUGCGUAGGUGGUUCCUACCAAUCUAAAUCUUGCAGUGCCGGACAAUACUGGAGCACCGCUUCCAAAUCUUGUGAGGUGAAUAACGGACAGUGUGGAUCAUCACCUAGCCCAUCACCUAGCCCAUCACCUAGCCCAUCACCUAGCCCAUCACCUAGCCCAUCACCUGGACCAGCGACGGGACCAUCUGGUACUUACUGCGAAAGCAGUGGACGUUGCGUUGGUCAGAGUGACGGCACAUUAUUUGCCAAUUCAAAUGUCUGCAGUGGUGCCUAUAUUGUAUGCCAGUGCGAGUGUGAAGUGCCGUUCCAGUGCCCUUCCAAUUUGGUAUUCAACCAGAAUAAUCUAAGUUGUGACUGGCCCGAAAACUCCAACUGCUAG